UGUGCUUCGAACGAAUCAACGCUUGCAACCAGCGCGAGACGAUGCAAAACGUGUCUUCAGCCGCUACCCUUUCAGUCGAUCGAGUGCAACGGGCCAGGCAACAACACACACCGAUCCGUCUCACCACGCGCGCUCUCUGCCACUAAACCCCCCUUUUGCGUCAUCCAUCCCUGUGUUUGUGUCUGUGUGUGUGUGCGGCUGAGGUGAUGAUGCUACCUGCCGAUCGUGGUGCUGCCCUUAUCGCCCGUUUGCUGCCGGCGAUCGCGAACGUCACACCGACAGCGGCGGUAGCGUUCUAAACCACCACCCCGCGCGGAGUGAGCGAGCGCCAAGGGGAAGUCGAAGUGAGAAGGGAAGCUAGGUGCUUGAAUGGUUUUUUUUCGUUUUGUUAGAAAAGUUAUAAAUUUUCCAGUUUCGUGUCAGUAGUGUCACCGGCAGCAAGUGUACCGAAAGUGCUCUCACCUGUCUUGUGUUGUCUUUCAUCAGCUCAUCAUCAGUUGGCUGUUGUACUGGCUCGGCUGAGGAGCUGCAAACUCGUAUACAGCCGCCACACGUAACACAGCCAGCCAGCCAGACAGCUGGAGCAAGGAGAUCGGCGCGGAAGAGAACAACCGAGUUGCUACAACACCUUUACUACUUGCUCUCUGGCCACGAUAAUGUAAGCACGCGCGUAACAGAUGUAACAGGAUUGGCACGCACGAUCCCCAUCCCGCACUUCCUACAUUCAUCCCGGAAAACGGUUCGGCAAAUUGUGGUGAAACACGAAAACUGCAAGGAUUCACCAUCAACACCAGUUGGAACGGAACGGCGCCUAAUUGGGUGGUUGGAGGACGAGUGAUGACGAACGGCACGGCACACGAUCGCGAUCACAGCAAUCAUCAUCCGCAUCAUCCGCAUCAUCAUCAUGCAGGAACAGCAACACCCUCCUCGUCGUCAUUAUCAGCAACGGCAGCCAGCAAGUUUGUGCCACCAUCGAUGGCGAGCGUGCUCGUGAUCGUGGCCGCACUAUUGCUGUGCGGACUGCCUGGGCAGUGUAGCGGGCAGCGGGAAUCGCAGCUGCGGCUAGGCAAAGCGAUCAACGUGUUCCUGCGCUACGGCUAUCUGUCGAUAUCGAUGAAGGUCAUCUCGUACAACGAUACCGAACGAUGGCUGUUCAAGGAGCCGACCAACAACAUCUUCACGGGUCUGGAUCUGCUCAAGACGGAAGAGUUCGAGGUAAAGCCGGGCAUCUUUAACGGCGACUUCCACAUGGAGUUCUGCGACAACCGGCGCCAGCUGUUCCAGGCGUACUUCCGCGACUUCCAGAUCGAGCGGCUGGACAGCCCGUGGCGGGCGUACACCGAGGGCUGGCACCCGGAGGUGGCCGCCAAGAAGCUAGGCAUCCAAAGCAAGUACCUCGAGCGGGACGACUACUGCUACGUGCUGGUGCGGGUCGCCCGGUACCGGGACAGCGCCCGCUUCACCAAACCGAUCCCGCCGAACCAGACGCUCGAGCCGGAGGUGGCGCGCAAGAUGCAGAGCGUCGUGAUCGGCGACACGACGUCCGCGGUGCAGUUCAUGAACCAGUACGGGACGCACUAUAUCAACGCGUACGUGACCGGCAACUCGCUCUAUCAGGUGUUUGUGUUUAACAAGCGCAACUACGGCUACGUGAAGGAUAAGCUGAAGAAGCGGGGCGAAAUGACGGUGUCCAAGGUGGACCUGUACGAUCACUUCGCGCCGUGGUACGUGGAGCACAUGGGCAAGAUACGGUGCGCCAGCGGGAACGCGACGAUCGAAACGUGGGCCGCCCGGAAGCUGCGCCUGUCCUACUACGUCUUCACGUACAGCAGCCUGCUCAAGCUGCACGGCGACGGCUCGCUGCUGCGGAUACUGAGCGCGCUGCUGCAGAACGAAGCGAUCCUGCAGCUGGACAUGCGCUCGCUGAGCGUGCUGUUUAAGGAUCCGGCCAAGCGGGCCUGGUACGAGGAGAUACUGGACAACUAUCUCAAGCUGUGGGAAGUGAACAUGUAGCCGGAGGCGAAGCAGCGGUCGCAGCGGUGAUCCGCGAGACGGAAGUACGCUAAUGGUGGUGUUGGCCGGUGGUGAUUUCCUACGGAAAUUGUUCACUGCUCACUUUGGUAAUCGAUCCUGGGAGGAAGGGGGUGACUUCUGAGCUCUGUUACGAGUUACGAGUAGACUAAUUUAACGCGCGUCUUCUUCUGGAGGCACCUUCGCCCACCUUUUUGAGGUAUUUGUGAGCGCACAGCGUUGUAGCUUCACGGUUCCAGUGGGCUGUGGGCCACACCAAAGCCACGCAGGCCACACGCGCAAGGUGCAAAUGAGUUUUAUUGCAGUGAUGGCACACACACAUACACCCAAAACUCCCACACAUUAGUCUUAAGCUUGGAGUAAAAGGGUCCCCUUCGGAAUCCACAAGUGUCAUACACACACACACCGGAAAAAGCUUCACUCUAACUACACACACUACUACUACCACUACUGCUACUAUUACUAUUACUACUACUACUACUUUCACAUGCUGUGAUAGACUUAGUUGACUCUAGAGUGUUUGUCAGGUUGUAUGGACCUCCCCCAACCCUCCCAACCCAUCCUCCGGGGGAGGGAGCGAGAAACCAGCAGCCCUAAACACGCGGAGUAGACACGCGUUUUGUACCGGGAAAGUCGGCAUUAACAUGUGGGACAACACAACCACGCAGCAUUAUGGCACCACGCGUGUGCCACGUGUGCGUGCGUGCGUGCGUGCGCAAUCGUUAAGGGGGAAGAGUGGGACAGAGCAAGUAGAUUAAUUUGAGCUAAGGAUCCUUUUUUACGCGUAAGAUAAUGGAUUAAAAAUCAACUAGUGAUAGUCAUAUUUAAGCCGGACGGAGUAAAUAAAAAGAACAAGCUUUAAGGAGAAAUGA